UUUGUGUUUUGAUUGGCAUUACUGAAUUGCCAUCGGGUUCAAUCGUCACUUGUGUUUUAAAGGCGUUGUUCAUCAUCAUUUUUAUUCGAAUUUGCCUACAAAGAAAAUACUGAUAGGAAGGCAAUUUAAUAGGGAAAUUCACAUUCUUUUUGUCCCAGUAGUCGAUUUUGUCGAGUGUGCGGCUGUAAAAUACUUCAAAUUGUAACCAAUGACGACGAUUCGAAAAAAGUUGGUGAUUGUAGGCGAUGGUGCCUGUGGUAAGACUUGUCUUCUAAUUGUUUUUAGUAAAGAUCAGUUUCCCGAGGUAUAUGUUCCAACGGUUUUUGAAAACUACGUUGCGGAUAUUGAAGUUGACGGUAAACAAGUUGAGUUGGCCUUAUGGGACACUGCUGGGCAAGAAGAUUAUGACAGACUUCGACCUUUAAGUUACCCAGAUACGGAUGUCAUUCUGAUGUGCUUUUCGGUGGAUUCGCCUGAUUCAUUAGAGAAUAUUCCCGAAAAAUGGACUCCAGAGGUUAAACAUUUUUGUCCAAAUGUUCCCAUAAUUUUGGUGGGCAAUAAAAAGGAUUUGCGAAAUGAUCCCAACACUAUUCGUGAUCUAGCAAAAAUGAAACAGGAGCCUGUUAAGCCACAGGAGGGUCGUGCUAUGGCUGAGAAAAUCAAUGCCUUUGCUUAUUUGGAAUGUUCAGCUAAGUCUAAGGAAGGUGUAAGAGAUGUCUUCGAAACGGCUACCAGAGCUGCAUUACAAGUCAAGAAGAGGAAGAAGACCAAAUGCCUUUUGCUCUAAAAGAGCAAGCCUAUACAAAGCAUAUUACACGUAAAACAAAGCAAACCACACACUCCCGAUUUUUUUAUUUUCUCUUUUUAAACGAGCGUCAUCAAAUGUUUUUUGAUUGAAUUCUUGAUCAUGAUUAAUUGAUUAUUAAUUGAUAAUCGUAUUUUAUUUAAAUGAAACUAAUAUAUAUUGUAAACAUGUAUUUAGCAGUAAACGAAUAAUGUAGAAAUCUAAUUACACACUAUGCAUUGGAGGAAAAAAAUAUUUGACAGAUCCUGAUAAUUAAGAAUUAAAAAAAGAACGGAAAUUGGGAACUGUAGGUUUUAAAAUAGGAGAGGUCUUUGUGGGUUAAAAAGUGGGAAUUGCAACAAAUCUGCAAUAUAUGCAUGCAUACACGCACAUAUGCACAA